AUGGAGUUGAGCUACAUUAAAACGAUAGCAAUGUUAAUAAUAGUGUUUGCCAUGGAAGCCUACCAAGAACGGCAAAUGCAAAGCUUUGUGAAGAUUGAUGUAUCUAAGGUUAAUCAAAAAAUAUCCAACAAAACAACUACUGUCGGGGCUGAAACUUCAGAAACCACCCAGCCGACGACAUCCAGUAGUACAACUGUUGUCACCACUUCCUCAACUGGCAAACCAGAGGUCACAACCAAAAGCCAAACCGUAACUACUACAUCAACCACGACGCCGGGACCUACCUCUACCAGUUCACCUGAUAUACCAAAGGAAGGUCGCCUAAUGAAGUCAGUACCCAGUGGAUACUACUGCAGCUGUGAUCUUAAAAUAAAUAUAUGCGAUGUGAACUGUUGCUGCGAUAUUGAUUGUACUGACGAAAUACUCAAAUCCUUCGAUUGUGAUGAAGAACAACUGGAUAUCGCGGAGUAUCAUAACCAGAUGGGACUGCAAUCGUGCGAAGUACAGGGUGGAUUAUUCUGUCUGGUCGGUGAGCCACAAAAUAAAGAACAGGAAACGUUCUAUGAUAAACACCUCAAAACCCAAAUUACUAAGCAUAAGUGGGCAGACGUAUUUCCAGUGAAUGACAUUCCAAAGGAGAUAUCUCCAACCUCUUACCGGGUAAACGAUCCAAUUCGCAUCUACAACGAAAGCAGUGAACAAGUCGAACUAUUUAGCAUGCCUUUUUCUCUAACCAAUUCCAACUGCCAAUUGAUGCAACCGGUUCGCUUUCUGCAGGAUUACUCCGUUCAGUGUCUCCAGUCGAUCGAAACAUUGGAGACGUUCACCACCAACUUUGUAGAGCAGCAAACCAACAUUCGUUACCAAAGAUUACCGAAGCUAGACAUUAUGGAACACUGUAUAGACCAGGACUGCUUUAAUGGGACGUUUGAAUUUUGCAACCUAGCGGGACGGGACUGUCAACGUACCAAUAGAACCGAAUCCUUCGAGCAAGAUGGUUUAUGGUACUGUCCUGAAUUGAGAGUGAUAUUUAUACAUAACUACACUCGCUUAGAAGAAGUAUCUGUUCGAUUCCAUUGUGGCCUACUGCAGGAUUAUACUGACCAAAAUUCUAACACCAUAUGGCAGAAAAUUUCCAUACAAUUCAAGCGUAGAGAUGAAGAGAAAUUUUCCCGUCAGCUGAGUGGCAAUUUAGGAUACCUAAUGGGCAAACCGAUUAUCGUAUCGAGAGUACUAAUACCAGAAAAUGAUACAGCAGAAGAGAAACGUUCCAAAAAUUAUAUGCUGGCAUACUUCACUAACGACACCCGUGAUGCCGAUGAUACCUUUCGUUUAAAACUGCCCAUCAGCAGGCGCAAUCGUUGCGUUUUUGAUCAUCGACGUCACUACGACAUCGUGUUUGGUGAAAGUUCUUGGAAUAAAUGCAACUUCUCGCCUCGGCAGAACGUAACGAACGAAUCGAAUCUCACUGCAAUUUGUUCUCAAUUGCAGGAGGGCAUUUUGAACCUGCUUCUACAUAAUAUAGUUCCCCGUGCUCAGCCGAACGACUAUGAAACACUAAAUCUCUUCCUAUCCAAAUAUGGAAACCCAAUCAAUCGCUCAGAUGAAUGGAUCCAACUCAAACCAUUGAACGUUAUCAACGAAAACAUAACGGCCGAAUGGCCAUCAACAAGAGACAAACAGACGGCAGCUCCUUACUUUACUUGUAAAAGUAUGAUUAUUAACGUGAAGUACAAUUUUUAUCAUGCUAGAACCACCGUUCAGAAUGUUCCAAGGCAGCAGGUACUGCAGGAAGCAGAACUCGUUUUUGGACCCCGAGUUGACCUGCAAUUUACACUAGAGGACGAAAUACGGGUUCCAAUCUAUGCACAGGUGCAGUUUUUCGAUUUGACAUCGCACAGCACAGUGAGCCUGAAUACCCUACCUUCCAAAUGGGUGCUUGUGAUCAAUUUGGCUAUCAUUGUCAGUUUUAAAGUGUUCGCCUAAUCACUAGAAGAGUAAGUUAGGAUUUGUAUGUUCUAAUAAACUGCUAAACUUUAGGUACCCACACUAGUCUCGCAGCAAACUGCUCUUAGGAGGUUCCUUCAAAUUCGUUA